AUGGUCAGCUUCAAGACCAUCGCUGCCGCCUUUGUCGGCCUAGCAGUCAUCGCGCAAGGAACAUUAGCGCACUCAACACAGCGGAACCCGCUGAAGUAUGUCACUAUCCUCGAAGAUGCUGUGCUGCAUUCGCCUUCACAGCAUUGCCAUGCUCUUUCACAUUUCGACCUCACUUUCGCACUUCACGACAAGCAACAGGAGGUCCGUUUAGCGCUGGAGCCUAAUCACGACAUUUUGGGGGACAACUUCGAGGUGAACUAUCUGGGCGCAGACGGCAAGAUUCGCAAGACGGAGUCGGUGGACCGCUCAGAACAUCGCGUAUUCAGGGGCAAGACUUUUAUUCGACACGACGGAAACACCGAAUGGACGCAUGUUGGUUGGGCAAGAAUCACCAUCCAUCGAGACGGCGCCGAGCCCAUCUUCGAGGGCGCGUUCCGCAUUGACGGCGACCCCCACCACGUGCUGACUGGAUCCAACUACCGCCAACGGAAGCACCGCGAAGACCCCGAUGCCCCGACCAGCCGGAACCCCGACGACUACAUGGUGGUAUGGAGGGACUCGGACAUUCUUGAUUACUACUACGACCGGGAGGAUUUGAAGCGGGAUGUCUUCGGCCGGACGUCAUGCAACUCGGACAGCUUGGGCUUCAACGCCCAGUACGAUCCUCUCGACGCACGGGGGCUCGAGCCCUUUCAAUCCGUCGCCACGAACUCUCUUUUCGGACGCAACAUCUUUGGACGACAGACCGAUACUGGCAGCACCGGUAACAAUGGUGCAGGCGUCAACUUGGUUUCUACCAUUGGACAGACGAGCGGUUGCCCGACGACGCGCAAGAUCGCGCUGCUGGGUGUCGCCACCGACUGCACUUACACGGCUGCUUUCAACUCGACCCAGUCUGUUAGAUCCAACAUCAUUCAGGUGAUCAACGCAGCGUCCGAGGUGUAUGAGAGCACUUUCAAUAUCUCACUCGGAAUCCAGAAUCUGACUAUCAGUGACGCCAACUGCCCGGGAACAGCCAGCUCCUCCGCGCCUUGGAACGUAGCAUGCAGCAACAGCGUCACCAUCACGGAUCGACUGAGUCUUUUCUCCGCAUGGCGCGGCAAUUCCAAGGACACAAAUGCUUUCUGGACCCUGUUGAGUACUUGUGGGACCGACUCUGCCGUCGGCCUCGCAUGGUUGGGCCAGGCUUGUGUGAGCGGAUCGCAAUCUUCGGACAACGAGACUGUCGCUUCCGCGAACGUCGUCAUUCAAACACCCAGUGAAUGGCAGGUCAUUGCUCACGAAGUCGGUCACACAUUUGGUGCUGUGCACGACUGCACAUCGGACACCUGCAGCAAUGGCGAUUCUAAUUUGAACAGGUGCUGCCCGCUGAGCUCCAGCACUUGCAACGCGGCAGGACAGUACAUUAUGAACCCCUCUACAGCCACCGGUAUCAAGGCAUUUUCACCUUGCAGUAUCGGCAAUAUCUGCUCUGGUCUUCUCCGCAAUCAGGUGAAGUCGACGUGUCUUACAAACAACCGCGACGUCAAGACUAUCCUUGAGAGCCAGUGCGGUAACGGUAUUGUCGAGUCAGGCGAGGACUGCGAUUGCGGCGGUGAAAAUGGAUGUGGCAGCAACAGCUGCUGUAACCCUACGACUUGCAAGUUUACCACCGGCUCGGUUUGCGACCCCUCCAACGAGGACUGCUGCAACGGUCAGUGCCAGUUUGCCAGCAACGGAACUGUUUGCCGAGCGAGCACCGGCUCCUGCGAUCCGGAGGAGGUAUGCAGCGGCACUUCGUCCUCCUGCCCUACGGACAAGCACAAGGACGACGGAGACUCGUGCGGCAAUUCCAGCGACGGCUUGACUUGCGCUUCAGGUCAAUGCACCUCCCGCGAUCAACAGUGCAAGACGGCUUGGGGUGCCCGGACGAACACCACCUCGGUCACUUCUUGCAGCAACCAGGACUGCUUAAUUGCUUGCAAUGUCCCGAGUAUCGGGUCCGGUUGUGUUACCAUGAACCAGAACUUCCUUGACGGAACUACCUGUCAGGGCAACGGCAAGUGUUCCAACGGACAGUGUGUUGGUUCCAAUGCUGGUGAUGAGAUUCUGGACUGGAUCAAGAACAACAAGGCCAUCUUCAUCCCCAUACCACCGAUGGGAGGCUGGAACGGCUACGGAGGGGCUUGGGGUCAAUCCAACGUGCCUCCGCCGCCCCCGGUGGCUACUCGUCCCGGUGCUCCUCCGCAAUACGCACCAUACCCUAACCAGGACUGGCAAAUGCAUAGAACGCAGAGCGCCAGAUACGCAUAA